UCAUCUGACCAAUUCCGAACCACGGAUACGCUUCGCUUACACCACAAAGUAAAUUACUGUUAGUAAUCAUACUUCUUAUCAGUAUGAUAAGAUAACCGAGGCUAGCACGAACACACCUUGUAUUGCGUUCCAAACUGUUGGCUGUUUUUAGUGCAAAAUUCUAUUAUUAUAAUUAGUGUAAAGGAAGUGACAGUGAUCCAGAAUGGCACAAAGGAAGUCCUUACUGUUUUACUUGGCGGCUAUCUUGGUAAUCAUCAGCACGCUCACACAGGAGGCUGAAGCUCGAAGAAAGAUUUUGAGAGGAAGGCGAGUCAUGACUCGGACUUAUUACCGUGGCAACGCGAUACCAGCUUGGGCGAUCAGCCUCAUCGCAGGCAUUGGAAUGCUUAUGAUUGGCGGCAUUCUGUACGUGGUCAUGAGAAAACUCGUCCUCUCCUCCGAAACGGGCACGAUGAAUACGUAUCAACCUGCGUUGCAGAAUGAAGACGUUUGAAAAGCAAACUUUUAUACAAAACGUGAGUUGAACGUCUUUUGGAACUCUUCUUAGUCAAUUGCGGUUUAUUCACUCAUCACUGCUAAGAAAAUCGAAGCCGAAAAACGUUCUAACAGCUCACGUUAUGUAUUUUAGUGUAAAUUUAAGUUAAACCACCGUUACUGUAUUUCAAUGUUUUACACU